AUGUCGACCACACAAACGAUACCCACCAAAGAGCGAGGGCCCAUGGACAACGAGAAGAAGGAAACCAAAGUCAAAGUCGCCGGCCCAGGCCCCUCAUAUCUCGACCACCACUUCCGCUCCUCCCUAAACACAGGCCCGAGAAAAACACCCACAAUCCCUAAUGGCGGCGUAUGGUCCGUCUACGCCGAAACCGACAUCCCAACCCCGCACAACUACCCCUACCAAGCCAUCAUCCAAAUCCACUCCUGGCGCGACUGGAACACCUUCGUCCCAGACGUCCUCGUAACGAAACACCCCAACUCGCACUCGCGCACCAUAAAAAUGGAACAAGGCACCUUCAUGACCUUCACCGUCCAGCUCACCCCGAGCGAGAGGGUCCAAACAAAGACCGUCUGCCAACACCUCGAACCGCUCAAACACCGCGCCGAUGGACACAAAUCGCACGUCGCGGGACACAACAUCACGCGGAUACGAUGGACAUCCGACAACGCCAACCUCCUCACACCCGGCUUCGUCCUCAAACAGGAGUGCGUCAACGAAAUCGAGGAGAAUGACGACGGGACGUGCAAGUACCGGACGUGGCUGACGUUCGCGGGCAUGGCGAGUAAGAAUCUGAAGAAGAAGUUUGGUGAGGCGUAUCAGCAGAAGAUGCAGGAUUUCGUGAGGGAUUUGCGGGAGAGGUGUGUGCAGUUGUAUGAGGAGGAUAAGAAGAGGGGGACGGUGGAUCUGGGUGCUGGGAAGGCGGGUGCGGGGGGCGAGAGGAUGCAGCCUGUUACGGAGAUCCACAGUUCGACGACGGCUUGA